AUGGCGAACUCUACUGUUAACCACGCGAACGUUAUCUUCCCGGAUGAAGAGAAUGAAAAUGACCGAGACUCAUCGAUCGGAUCUAUCAAUGCAUCGACAUCUGAAAGCUUAAGAAGCUCAAUCUUGGACUAUCGCAAAGAAAAUGGCCGAACUUAUCAUCGAUACAAGGAUAGCAACCUCCAGCAUAACUUAUUUAUCCUGACCCUCGACAACAGACUUGGAUUGGCACCUCCAAACGAUCCUGGUGCCAAUGUAAAGCACGUUCUCGACAUAGGAACAGGCACUGGAAUCUGGGCGAUUGAUUAUGCCGACGAGCAUCUCAAUUCAAAAGUCAUUGGCAUUGACUUAUCCCCGAUUCAGCCUGAUUUCGUUCCGCCGAAUGUUGAGUUCUUUAUCGACGAUAUCGAAGAACCGUGGACGUUCUCUGAGCCUUUCGAUUAUAUCCAUAGUCGCAUGAUGACAUUCAGUAUCAAAAGUUGGCCUGAACUCGCCAGCAACAUCUACAACAACCUUGUCCCCGGCGGGUACGUAGAGCUCCUCGAGAUCGAUCUCUUCGCCAAGUCGGAUGACAAUACCCUGAACGAAGACCACAAUCUCUCUAAACUCAUCCACCUUCUCGGCGAGGCCUCCACAAAGAUUGGUCGUCCAUUCCAAGACAACAAGAAGAACAAGGACAUCCUUCGUGAUACCGGGUUCGUGGAUGUUGUCGAGACAGUCUUUAAAUGGCCCAGCAACGCUUGGCCAAAAGACACAAAGCACAAAGAGAUUGGCCAGUGGCAAAACAUGAACUUGGACCACUUUAAAGGGCUUGAAGCUCUCUCCAUCGCUGUUUUGACUAGGGUGCUUGGUUGGAGCCAAGAAGAGGUGACAGUCUUCCUAGCCAAGGUUAGGAAGGAUGUCAACAACAAAGCGAUUCAUGCUUAUUGGCCAGUUUACUCGACAUAUGACUAG